AUGCCCUCCGUUUACUCGUCGGUUUUCCAGAGCUUUAUCCGACAAGGAUUCACAAAGUCUUUUACCCACGGCUACGCCCAGUCGGUCGUUGCCGCCACUCACCCUCAUGUUCUAAACCCACAGAACCGGCCGUCGUUCGCACGGCGGCGCAAUGCCGCCCGCGUCGGCCGUCUCACCAACCUCGGCCUGCAGUCUGCCUUCCACAACAACUCGUCGAACCUUCCGGUCACGAACAACAACAAUGUAGAACGCCGACCCGACGCCGCCGCCGACAACCAUGGCGGGUUGGACGCCUACUACGACCAGCUGCAGAAGACGCAGGACGCCGAGGAAGAUGAGAAGGAUUGGGUCCAGUUCCAGUUCCCCAAGCAGAUCGAAUGGAAGCCUACGCCGGCUUCCGUGCUCGUUGGCUCUGACGCCAAAACUCUCGCCCUUGAUGCCGAGGAAACCGCGGACUCGGUCGCCGCCGACGAUGCUGUGUCUGUCGGAUCGGGCGUCCCAGCCGAGGCCCAGGCUGCUUUGGCGCACAUUGACGCGGCGCUUGAGAGGGAGAUUGAGGCACGGAGAGAGCUAGCGGAACUCGAGGAGAAAGUCGAGUCCCUGCGCGCCACCUCUCCUGUCGAGGCGGAGAAGCUUGCUGAAGAAAUUCGCUCGCGCACCGCCACUCCUCUUUCCGCCGUCGAGACUCCCGCUACGACCGUCACCCCGCCCGUCGACCAGCAGUCCCAGACCUAUGCCGACCAUCUCGCCAAGCUUAGCGAGGCCGGCCGCCAUGCCGAGAUUCCGGCCGUUUUCGAGGCCAUGCUGAUCGGUGGUGUGCGCCCUAUCGCUGCGGCAUACAACGCUCUCCUCCAGGCGGCCAUCCACAUCCCGUCGGAGAAGUGGGAGGUCGUGACCAAGGCGCUGGAUGUCUACGCUGACAUGCUGCGUCGCAAGGUUUCCCCCGACAGCGAGACGUACAACGUGCUUGUCGGUCUGCUGGCCUCUCGCUCGCUCGAGAUCUCCUCGCUGAAGCAGAACCUUGAGGACAAGCGGUUGCGCUUUGGUGGCAUGGAUGAGCCCGGCAAGUUCAUGUUCACCUCUCACGAACUCGAACACGCCAUCUUGGUUGAGGAUGACCGCCUCGACCUGGCCAUGAACUUGUUCAGGUCGUCGGUCAACCACAGCAAGGCCCAAUACUCGUCCGAGACCUAUCUUCAGAUGAUCUCGGCGUGUGCCCAAGCCGGCCGCAUCUCCGACAUGCUCCAGCUGUUCGGGUACAUGGAGGCGAGCCAGACCACGCCAUUUGCCGCCACGUUCCCUGCGAUGAUCACGGCGUUUGCCCGGUCUGGAGAUCUUGUCAGUGCGGUCGAGUGUUACAACGAAUACCGCAGCCUGGCCAUGGCCCACGACCAAGGGGAGCCUGCGUUGCAUGACCGUUCCGAUGCUGAGGUGUAUGCUGCCGUUGUUCACGGUUAUGUCAUCUCGGACAAGCUCGACGGUGCCAAGAUCUUCUACUCCAAGAUCUCUCGAGAGUACCCGGGGCCGGACUCUGAAUUCAGGCAGAUCGUCCUCGCCAGCGGCUUUAUGAAAGGCUUCAUUGAUCGGCAAAUGUGUUCCGAGGCUUUCAACUUCGCGACGAACAUGACCGGGGAGUCGAAGAAGACGGCCAUGAGCGAUCUAGCGAUUGCCGCGGCCGAUCUCGGAGACCACAAGACCGGCCUCGCUGCGUUUGCCUGCCUGCCCACCCGGAGCGAUGCCGCUGCGUCUGCGAUUGCGCUCCUUGCCUCGUGUGUUCGUGAGGGCAAUGUUCCUGCGGCUACACGCUUCUGGGAGGUUCUCUGCCAUUCCAGCGUGAAGCCGACCGUGUCGUUCAUUGAGCCCACCGCGAUGUAUGCCGUCGCCAUGAUCGGCUCGGGGCUCGUUGCUGACGGCUUGAACCAGGCGGAUUUCAUGUUCCAGCGCAUUCGGGACGAGAACCCUCAGUUGGCGGAUGAAGUCGAGGAGGGCACCCAGUUUGUGUCCAACUUCAUGACGGCACGGGGGAUCGUGGACCCACGCACUAUCCCGGAACCCACCCCGCCUCAGUCGUUUGCCACGCCGCCUUUUCUUCAGACCGCGGCCGUUGCCAAAGAAGAGGACUCCUUUGACCCGUACUCGCACCACGUGGACUUGAGGGUCUCCGCUUUGAUCCAGCACAAUUUGGAAUGGGUCGGCCCCGAGUCGAAGAUGAAGGCGAAGCGCUGGGAUUCCUUUGACAAGCUCCACAAGAUGCGCCGCGCCGGCCGGCAUCCCCGCUACAUCAUCUACGCCAAGCUCAUCACGGCUGCCGGGAAGGAGGACUUCAACAUGGCCGAGAACAUCCUGGCCAUGGCUCGCGAGGACGUACCGCCCCUGCCCCAAUACCCAGCCGUCCGUCUCGGGUGGACUUGGAUCCUGGAUGCCAUGAUUGCCGCCUGUCUUCAGCAUGGUCUCCGGGAGUUAGCUGAAAAGUACCACCAGGAGGUGCUGGCCAUGGGGGCGACGCCCUCGGCCAACACUUAUGGGCUGUACAUCACCACGUUGCGCGACGCCGGCAAGGCGGUUGACGAGGCCACCGAAGCCCUGCAGAUCUUUCUGCGGGCCAAGGCGGAAGGCGUCGAGCCCACUUCGUUCCUGUACAACACCGUGAUCGGCAAGCUCGGCAAGGCCCGUCGCAUUGACGACUGCCUGUUCUACUUUGCCGAGAUGCGCGCCUUGGGGAUCGUCCCGACUUCGGUAACAUACGGAACUGUCAUCAACGCCCUGUGCCGUGUUGGCGACGAGACGUUUGCCGAGGAGCUUUUCAACACGAUGGAGGCCAUGCCCAACUACAAGCCGCGACCGGCGCCGUACAACAGCAUGAUGCAGUUCUUCCUGACGACGAAGCGCAACAAGGCCAAGGUCAUCGAGUACUACCAGCGCAUGCUAAAGAACAAGAUCGCGCCGACCGCCCACACCUUCAAGCUCCUGGUCGACAGCCAUGCCACCCUGGAGCCGGUCGACAUGGUGGCCGCGGAAGGGGUUCUUGAGGACAUCAACCGCGCCGGGAUGGCCCCCGAAGCCGUUCACUACGCUGCCCUGAUCCACGCCCACGGUUGCAUUCUCCAUGACAUGAAGAGCGCGCGCAAGGUUUUCGACAAGGUCACGAAGUCCGGCAACCGCGCCAUGGUGACAAGUGCGUGCCUCUACCAGGCCCUCCUCGAGGCCAUGGUCGCCAACCACGAAAUCGCCGAGACCGAGUCGGUCGUUGAGUUAAUGAAACGCCAGGGCGUGUCGCUAACCCCUUACAUGGCCAACACGUUGAUUCACGGUUGGGCGGCCGCCAACAAUGUCGACAAGGCCAAAGAGAUUUACGACGCUAUCGCCCGUGUGAACCGCGAGCCGAGCACAUACGAGGCAAUGACACGAGCGUACCUGUCGGUCCCGCGCCGCGAGGAUGCCAACAGUGUCGUCAGCGAGAUGCUCACUCGCGGGUAUGCGAGCGCGGUCGUCAACAAGGUGCUGGAGCUACUGGGUGGCCCGCGUCCGGAGGGCUCUGCCGCGUAG